GUCUAGUCUAUGUAUGAGUGUCGCAUGUGCCGAACAAAAGAGACGUAAACUGUUGGGGAAAUGUCAGUCCUUUUCAGAAAAAAUAGUGAUUACGAACAGUUUUAUCGUGAGGCGACGGAAAAUGCCGCUUCGUUCAACACACGCCUGGUGGCCGAGCGCAAAAUGCGACUGCCAUUUCUGGACUCACAGACCGGGGUAGCCCAGAACAAUUGCUUCCUCUGGAUGCAGAAGCGCCACCGGUUCCCUGGCCGCACCGCGGGCCAGCUCUACUCCUACCCCUCCCGCCGGUGGCGGAAGAAGCGUAAGCCUCACCAGGUACCACUGGCCGACUCCAGCAACUUGUAUGUCCACAUCCAGCCAGGUGUCACAGAUGGAAUUGAAGUGCCAGAGACUGUGCACGGUACCUUCUCAGAGACGGAUCAGCAUGCCGAGACAUCCAACAUGUCCCUGGCUGACAGGGAGCAGGAGGAGCUGUUCCGGGAGAUGGAGGCAGUGGACGACAUCCCAGACGCCGGGGAGAUUGAGAGGAACCACUCAGAUGAGAGUGAUGAGGACUUCGAGGUCUCCUCCCGCAAGAAACGAGGCCGAAAGGGUCGAGGAGGAGGUAGGAAGAAGGCCAACCCAGUAGACAUUGACAUGCCCACCCUGCAAGCAGAAGACAAGGAGAAACCGUUUGGUUGUAAAGUGUGCGGCAAACGCUACAAGAACAGGCCUGGCUUGAAUUAUCACAUGAGCCACUACCACCAGGAUGUAGAGGCUGGCUCAGACGAACAGUCCCAACCCUCCCCUCUGGAGCCCACCGAGCCACCGAAGAAGAAAAUGAUCAAAGGGAUCGCUGAGCCCAAUAACUACUGUGACUUCUGCCUCGGGGACACCUUCAGGAAUAAAGAAGGCACACAGGAGGAGCUGGUAUCCUGUGCAGACUGUGGGAGAUCAGGCCAUCCAUCCUGCCUGCAAUUCACUGAAAACAUCACCGCCAAAGUCAAGAGCUACCGUUGGCAGUGCAUUGAAUGCAAGUCGUGCGGCUUGUGCGGUACAUCAGAUAAUGAUGAUCAGCUGCUGUUUUGUGACGACUGUGAUCGGGGCUAUCACAUGUACUGCCUGAAACCGCCCAUGUCGUCCCCACCGGAAGGAUCCUGGAUAUGUGAUUUGUGCAUGGCAGUGCCAUCUUCCCAGCCAUCACAGUCAGAGCCAAGUCAGGCUUCCAAUCCCCAGACCAGUGUCGUGGACUAGUUUACUGCUCCAGUGUUUGUGCUGCCCAACCACCUUCGGGUUAGGGACUUUUUGUUGAAAUGAGGGGAUUUAGGAGGUUUUACUGACAUGUACUUGUUGGAAAAUUUAUGGCUUGGGAAAUACAGUGUACUUGACUUUUUGGACAGUUUGUCAAAGGUCCAAUUAAAUUUGCUGAACAGUGCAAGCUCAAGGGUUAUCCAUGCACAAACAACACAGUCAAUUGUUUUUACUUGUACAUUGUUAAAAAAACUUUUUUAGUGUAACAUGUAAAUGCCCACUGCAUUUACCUGUUGACUAGGUACUGAAUACUCAUAUACAUGUACCCGAAACAGUGAUUGAGCCACUUUUCCAAAACUAACCAGAUGUUGUCACAGAACUUUCAAGUUGUCAACCUUGACUGUCGAGACUAUCGCCAACACAAAGUACAGAAUUCCACUUUUGACCGACUACAUAAAAAUGUACACAUCCAAUCAGACCAUAAGGGCUACCUCAGACAAGGCGGGCCAGUGGAACAGUUUUCAAAUCGGGCACAUGGCACAGGCCCAGCGUACAUGUGAAAACAUUACAUGUCAACUGAUACUGGUUGCGCGUCCUCUGCGCAUGCAGUCUUUCUCAACAGAGGAGCAUUGCUUACAGGUAAAAAAAAUGCCACCGUGGCAGAUAAAUGUGUUGUCAGUCAAGUUGCAGUGCAUAAGCUUUGCAUGUUGGCAACAGAUCACCAACUUCCGCAUGGUUUUGGAGAAGUCACUUCCAAUUUUCUGUAAAUCAAGUAAAUAAUAUUUGCGUGUUCUCAUCACACACACAUUGAACUUACAAUUAUUUAUAAUCAUGUUACUUCUGAAAGGUCAGGCCUGACUUAAUUUGUAAAUAUGGUCACUUCAGUCAGUAUAAAGCAGUGUACAGUAGCUUUUACUUCGAAGGUUAACCAACAGUGGUACCACCUUUGCUAAUUCAGGGUACAGUCUCCUUGUAAACCCUAAAAUGGGAUCGGUUAUGGUCAACUUCAGCUUUGUUAAUAAAUUUUGAGAGGAGCGUUGUCUAAAGUUACUAUCUUUAGACUUUGGGCAGAAGAGCAGUAACCUAUCAACAACUUGACCAACUUUCAUCGGAAUGUGCACAAACUACACAGCAGCAGUGGUAUUGAGUGUUGGCCAACUUUUUCACUGUCCAGAGGGAAUAUGCAUAAUGCCUUCAUUCAUUGAGAAGCUCCAUCUUUUGAAUAUUAAGGGUUAGUAGAAAAGUUGUCUGUGAAAAAUUAAGGCAAGAGAAUUGGUCCUCAACACCAAUGCAGUGAUAAUGGUUGAUCUUCAAGAUGGAGAACUUGGGGUUUUUUUUUUUUACAAAAUAAUCAUUGUGACCAUACACUUUCUGAUCCACUGAUAGUUCUAAGUUAGAAAUGAAGUAAACUGGUAGUGAACUAGACAGGGCUAUUUUGAGCUAUGCUUCCCUAUUCAUCGGGAUUAUUAUCAAACUGCAACAAGCGUGUCUAUUUUUGUGAAAUUGUAAGCUCACAACAGCGAUUGUAAACAAACGUACAGGUCUUUUGAUUACCUGUUGUAGUUUUUAACAGCAGAUAAGUUUAAGAAGUUCCCUGUCCCUUUUAUAAUUAAUUCAUCAACCAGUUUCCCAGUAACCCUUGCCUUUCUGCGGUUCUUACAUGAUAUAAAAUGCAAGUUCAUUUAAAGAGCAAGGCUUAAAAGCUUCAUGUAGACUGCUUUGUCCACUGCUGCCAAAAUACAGAAAAUCCACUUUCAAACUUUGAUGGUUGUUUACAACAGGACAUUAGAAAAUGGUGUCAUUUGAUUUGUACAUUCAAGUUUUUGCACUACGGCAAUUCAUCGUGAAACCUUUCACUGCAGCAUUUACCAAGCAUUCUUCUAUGUAUAGUUUAGUCCUAUACACAUAAUGCCAUUUCACAAACUCGCUAAUUUAUGUAAUAGUGUGGCUGAGUUGGCAUGUUGCCAUCACUCCCAGUGGUUUAACUCCUAGCUGCCAGUCAAGUGUAGUCAUGUACAUGUAUAUGAUGUGCACCCUGACACGAGCAUACUUGUGUAAAUAUGAAGUAUCUACACAUACACUGCUUAAUUUCUUGCUUCACUGUCUGUAUAGUAAGGCAAGGCAAAACUGUAAUAAAUUACACCCAGUUGCUUAUUAACAUGUCUGUGUCAUUGUUAGCAAUAUGGAACAAACUUUGUGUUGUCCAACUUGCCCAGGUGAAAAUCAAUCAUUCAACCAAUCUCGGACAUAUUUCUUCCAGACCUGGAACGCUCAACACUCUCCAAAAGCAUUUUACUUGAAAUCUACAAUGUACAUGUAGUUCUUCCUGAGCUCUUCUCAUGAGGCUGUGAGUGAGUUACUGAAGUCCAGAUAUCAGUUACAAGUCACUGUGUGCCCCAAUCCACUGUAGAUAUUAUUUUGUUAACAAAAUAAAAGCAUAAUGGAACUCCCCAGCCUGUAAAUUUUCA